GUCGCAGCAUGAAGAUGCCACAAAGAGUUCGCUGGCUGCUGGUGCUCAUCGCAGUGCUGCUGCUGCUGGUAGGCAGCAGCGAGGCGCGACGUAGCGGCUAUCGACUGCCACAGCUGCAAGGACGCAGCGCAGGAUCCACCAUGGCAGUAGAGGCAAAUGCAGCUGCAGCUGCAGUUCCAGACACUGCAAGCACUGGGCGAGAUUUUCUUAAGAAAUUCAUGCUGCUGCGUGGCAUGUUUCAGCAGCCGCCCAGCGACAAUGUCAUCGUGAUUACGCAGCCCUCCACGACGACAACGACAACGGCCACGCCCACGCCCACAACGACAACAACAACGACGACAACAACAACGACAAACAACAAUGCACGAGCCAUGGAUCGUGGCAGAAAGACGGAGGAGCAGGAGCAGGAGCAGGAGGAUAAUGUGGAAAUGGUCGAGCUGGCAGGGCCCACGAUGACAGGAGUCGAAGUGCAAGAUGGCUUGGACCUGCCAUCAAAUGAAGCACUGCCGCAGCGCAAGCAAACAUACAAACAACAAAAACUGAAGCUCAAAAAGAACUUUCAGCAGCAGCAGCAGCAG